AUGGUUUAAUAGAAAAAAUAUUACAAAAAACUAAAAGAUUUUUUAAACUCUGAUCUUUAAUCUCAUUCAGUUAUAGAAAUCAAUCUCUCAUCAAGUUAUCUAUUAGGUGAGGAUAUAUCAGGUUUAGGUUCUGCUUUAGUAUAGUGCAAUAAUCUCUCAAAUUUGGUACUGUUUCUUUAUGAAUAUUAAAUUUGUGUAGAAUGUAUGUCAGACUUAGGUUCUGCUUUAGAAAAGUGCACUUAUCUCUCAAAUUUGUCACUAAAUUUUUUUGGAAAUUAACUUGGUAAUGAAGUUGCAACAGCCUUAGUUUCUACUUUAGCAAAGUGCACUAAUCUCUCGGAUUUGGCAAUUAACUUUCGUUACAAUUCAACUGAAUUUGAAGGUACACCAGCCUUAGGUUCUGGUUUAGGAUAGUGCACUAAUCUCUCUUGUUUUAUCCUCCAUCUACAAGGUGGUCAAAUUGGUCUUGAAGGUGCAUCAGGCUUAGGUUUUGGCAUAGCAAAAUGCACUAAUCUGUAAAAAUUGUCACUCCAUCUUAGCGAAAAUAGAAUUUGUGAUGAAGGUUUAUAAUGUUUAGCUUCUGCUUUAGAAAAGUGCGCUAAUCUCUCAAAUUUGGCACUUGAGCUUUGCGAUAAUUAAAUUUCUGUUGAAGGUGUAUCAAGUUUAGCUUCUUCUUUAGAAAAGUGUACUAAUCUCUCAAAUUUAUCGCUUGAUUUUAGUAAAAAUAAAAUUGGUGAUGAAGGUGUAAAAAGCUUAAGCUCUGAAUUAUCGAAGCGUACUAAUAUCUUAAAUUUGAAACUUUAUCUUUUAUAAAAUUUACUUGCUGAUGAAGACAUAUCAGGCUUAGGUUCUGCUUUAGCAUAAUGCAAUAAUCUCUCAAAUUUGAUACUAUAUCUAUACAACAAUUAAAUUAGUGUUGAAAGUAUAUCAGACUUAGGUUCUGCAUUAGUAAAGUGCACUAAUCUCUCAAAUUUAACAAUAUAUCUUUAUGGAAAUUAAUUUGGUGAUAAAGUUGCAACAGUCUUAGUUUCUGCUUUAGCAAAGUGCAUUAAUCUCUCCAAUUUGACACUUAGUCUUGAUUGCAAUUAAAUUGGAGAUGAAGGUUCAUCAAUCAUAGGUUCUGGUUUAGGUUAGUGCACUAAUCUCUCAUAUUUGGUACUUUAUCUUAAUGAAAAUUAAAUUGGUGAUGAAGGUAUAUCAGGCUUAGGUUCUGGUUUAGCAAAAUGCACUUAUUUAUCAAAUUUAUCUCUCUAUUUUUGUGGAAAUUAAAUUUGUGAUAAAGGUUUAUAAGGUUUAUGUUCUGCUUUAGAAAAGUGCUCUAAUCUCUCAAAUUUGACACUUGAUCUUGAUGAAAAUCAAAUUAGUGGUGAAGGUGCAUCAUUCUUAAGUUCUGCUUUAUCAAAGUGUACUAAUCUCUAAAAUUUGACACUUGAUUUUGGUGGAGAUUAAAUUGGUAUUUAAGGUUUAUCAUACUUAGGUUCUGCUUUAGCAUAGUGCACUAAUCUAUCAAAUUUGAAAUUUUAUCUUCACGACAAUUAAAUUUGUGAAGACGGUCUAUCAAGUUUAUAUUUUGCUUUAGAAAAGUGCACUAAACUCUCAUAUUUAGUACUUGAUUUUAGUUUCAAUGAUAUUGAUGAUAAAUGCGCAUCAGAGUUAGGAUCUGCUUUAGCAAAAUGCACUAAUCUUUCAAAUUUGAUACUUAUGCUUAAUGAAAAUUAAAUUGGCGAUGAUGGUGCAUAAAGUUUAAGUUCUGAAUUAUCGAAGUGCACUAAUAUCUUAAAUUUGACACUUUAUCUUAGUCAAAAUUAAAUUACAGAUGGUGGUGUAUCAGUCUUAGGUUCUGCUUUAGCAAAGUGCAAUAAUCUCUUAAAUUUGACAAUUCAACUUGAGUAAAAUUAUAUCAGUGAAUCAGUAGAAUAGAAAAUAAAGAACAAGUGCCUAAAAUCAAAAAGAUUAGUUCUUUUUAAAAAUUAAUCCUUACUAAAUAUUUUGAAUUAAUAAUGA